UAAAGUAUUCAAGCUUCAUGGUAGUUGUGCUGUCAAUAAACUGUCAUACAGUUGCUGGCUCAAAGUGUUUUUGAUGAAUUGAAAAGUUAUAUUGGUGUUCUGCGUUUAGACAGAAACAGGAACAACAUGCCUUCGUGUAGCAUAAAACAAUGUGGUGCGAGAAAAAACAAAAAUCACCCUGGCUUGACAUUGCACAAAUUUCCUGCGAACGAAAGUUUGAAGCAGAAAUGGAUGCAAUAUAUUGGUUCUGAAAAUAUAAACCCUAAACAUAAACAGUGGAAUGUUUGCUCCUUGCACUUCGGAGAAUCUUGUUUUAACAAAACCCUGGAUGUGAUGAGAUUACGUGACGGCGCAGUGCCUACUUUGAAUGUAAUGCCCCGGAAAAUCACUUCCCCACAAUCUACUUCAAGUAUAGUGGAAAGCGGAACAAACAAAACUACAAGCGAUUGUAUCGCACAAACUGACACAGAUACAGCUAGUCCUGCGCAGUCAGAUGACAGUUCGCGGGAAGAUACACAGCAUGAAGAGGCUAUCAAUCCAUCGCGCGGUAUAGAACCCUGCACUACGUUUGCCAAGGCCUGGACGCCAAUCAGGGAAUCGCGUGCGUCGAGCCCCACCAGUGCUCACAGCAAUAAAGACUACCCUGCCUCCAUGACCAUUAAUCGUGAGAACAACCUGAAAUCACAAGCUGCCACGGAAGGCAAACCUUUGGCAGUCGAGAAACGAGAGCAAUAUUGCGAAAGUAUUACUAUAAAACGCCUGGAAAAUAAAAUUGAAAAGCUAAUGAAACAAUGUCAAUUACUCAAGAUGAAUGCAAAAUGUUGGAGAGAAAGAGCCCGAAGACGGGACAAAAAAAUUGAUAAACUAACCUUUAUAAUCAAAACACUUAGAGGAGACAUUCGCUUUAAUAAAGAAGGUUCUAUUAUUCUUGAAAAAAGUGAAAUAUCGAAUAACUUAAUAGAUUUUAGUACUCUGACUGGUGAAAAACGUUCCGUUUCAAUUUCCAAUAAAGUCAAACCAUCGCUACGUAAUAGAAAAACGCCUGUCUCUAGGAAGGCAUGUGGAAUCGUAAAUAGGUCCAACUCUUCCGUUCUUAAUCAAUCGUUGAGAACUGAAGACAUUUCUAUGGUGACUGAACAAAUUGGAUUAUCUCAAGAUGGUAAAAUACGCGGCACUGUUAGAUGUACUACAAGUUCAGUUUUUAAUAAUAAGAGCAAUAUAUUGCAGCGUAGGCUUGUUUCUCUGAAGGGCUCUUCUAACCAACGUAGGGCUGUCUCAAAUCGGAUCACAACAAGAACGCACGUAUUGGCGCCGAGACCGAAGGGAGGAGGGCCUCCUGUUACUACGUCUACCCCUGAACAUCUACCUUUUUCAGCCAUCUCAACGAAAUCGCAAGGAAAUCAUAAUACAAAUGAUAAAUCUAACAAUUUGAUGCUAGUCGUUUCUCCUUUAAACAUCAAUCGGCCAAAAUUACAAAAUAACAAUAAAUUAAUUAUAGAAAGACAAAAAUACAAAGAAAAUAUAAUUAAACCAAAUAAAAUAUUAAAUGACGUAGUUUCUCCCUCGAUAGAAGAUAAACCAGUAGCACAGAAAAACAAAAAUUCCGUUCUUAUCACAGAAGUAUAUACACCUAAAGAUCCAGAUCAUGCAAACACUACUUUACAGAGUGAUGUUAUUUUACCAUCACACGAGAGCACAGAUGUCAUUGAGGAGACACCUCUAGAAAUGGUGCUUAAAAAGUCCGAUGAAACUAAUCAGAAUAAGUUUAUCUAUAUUAUUGAAGUGGACUAGUCGAGAAAACUGGGAAAGGGAAACGUAUUAAGUGUGCCUGAAGAUAUUUGAUUAAUUUGGAUUAAUCAAGGAAAUCAACAAAAAUCAUCGUGCUUUGAAUCUGGGGCCAAAUAGUAAAGUUUAUCAAUGGCAAACAAGGAAACUGGUUCGAAGAAUACGUUUUUAGUUAAAGUGAUUUUAUGAUUAAAAAUAUACUCUAAAGACAUCACACUACCGGCAUCCGGAAGUUUAAAAGGUUACUCACACGUAUGCCAAAAAAAACGAAUGCUUUCACUUUCCUAAUCGUUCUUUAAUUUUUAUGUUUAUGUGUGAAUUCUGUGAUCGUUGUUAAGUUUUUAAAAUUUAGAAUGGUGCGAAAAAUCUAGGUAGAAGUCAAAUAUUAUUUAAAAAUCUUCUCCGCAUAGCGAACCACCUUGAAAAAGGCUACCUGUCCACUGCAACGCAUGGCGCGACAUUAUAGCUGUCCUGAGAUAAUUUUCUAUGUUCUAUUAGUUUUAUAAUCGAAUGCGAUUUAACAUUGACUACACUCAAUCCAAUCAAAAAAUAUAAUUUCACCGCCUUAAAUCAAAAGCUAAGGAAUAAUAAAAAUAUUUAUGUUCGUUAAA